AUGGCUCCGUCGAUCUUCCAACACCUCAGCGAGGGAAUAACGGCAUCCCAUUCGACACUUGUGCUCGUAUCAACCCAUGUGGUGCUUCCUGACGAAGUCCACCCUGCAACGAUCGUGAUAUGUCAGCCUCGUGGCAGGAUCGCAGCCAUUUAUAGAAGUAUCGUGCCACAGUCCUUUUUCCCCAAAGACACCACCUAUAUCGAUUAUCAUGACCUUGUCCUGAUGCCCGGGCUAGUCGACACGCAUGUCCAUCUCAACGAACCCGGCCGCACAUCUUCUGAAGGCUUCUACACAGGAACCCAAGCGGCGGCUUCAGGUGGAAUAACCACCGUCGUCGACAUGCCCUUGAACUCAAUCCCCGCCACAACAAGUCUGAAAGCCCUUGGAACAAAGGUCCAAGCAGCCCAAGGCAAAUGUUGGGUCGACGUCGGGUUUUUAGGCGGCAUUGUCCCUGGCAAUACAGCUGAAAUGAAACCUAUGAUCCGCGCCGGCAUUCGAGGGUUUAAGGGCUUUCUCAUCGACAGCGGCGUACCAGAGUUUCCUCAAGUUCUUCCAAGCGAUAUCUCAAACGCAUUGGAAGAAAUCUCCUCCGAACCUACCAUGCUCAUGUUCCACGCCGAGAUGCUACCAAAACCGAACAGCGAAGGGCAGCUGUCCGAGAAAACGUCAGACUCUCCAUAUCUCUAUCCAAUAUCUGCACGAGACCAGAGCUAUGUAUACUCGGAAUUCCUGCACAGUCGACCUCCAAGCUUUGAGACCAGAGCAGUGGGGGAACUGAUUUCACUAGCCAAAACCCAUCCAUUGGUUCCGAUCCAUGUUGCUCACGUCUCUACUGCAGAAGUGAUCCCCAUCAUCAAGGCUGCCCAGGACCAGGGCGUUAAUAUAUCGGCCGAGACAUGCUUCCACUACCUGUCAUUGUCAGCUGAAGAGGUGCCAGUCCGAGACACGAGAUACAAAGCAGAACCUCCCAUUCGAGAGGCAACAAACAAGGCCAAGCUAUGGUCGAGCCUCCUCAAACCUACCGAUCCAGAGAAAUCGAUGGUAUAUCCUCAUGCUAGUUCAACACUCUCGCUACCAUCGCCACUCCGGCGGCAGCCUAUCUCCAUGAUCGUUUCAGACCACUCUCCCUGCGCCCCCAGCGACAAACUCCUCCCUUCUUAUAUCCCGCCGCACAGCGAGCCACCGGCAUACCACGACGACGUGAUCAAAGCGGCCAAUGGAGAUUUCUUUCAUGCUUGGGGAGGUAUAUCAUCACUUGGAUUGGGCCUCUCGGUAAUAUUGACGGAGUUACACAAACAAAGCGGGCGUGUGCCUCAGCGGGAACGGGAUGCGGGUGUUACAGACCCACCUCCCAGCCUAGAUGAAUCAAUUUUAUUGCAGCUAUCACAUUGGAUGUCGGCAAAUCCCGCACGGUUGGUUGGCCUGGAGCACCAGAAAGGUCGUCUGCAGGUUGGGUUUGAUGGCGACGUGCUGGUCUUGGAUCCGCACCGCUACUGGACCGUCGAGGGAGCCGACAUGAAGUUCAAACACAAGAUGAGCCCGUACCAAGGUCGUAGCCUCCGGGGAAGAGUGUUGGAAACAUGGGUCCGCGGACAGAGAGUCUUUGAUCUUCAAGGCCCCAAUGGAGGGUUCGGUGACUCGCCACCUCAAGGCACCCUCCUCCUCGAGCCUCGGAUUGCACACCAAGAAGACGAGGGAGGGGGGUGUGUCUGUCGUCGGCCAACGUCUUUGGAGUGCUGUAGCCCCCAAAACUGCGACAGUGGCGCUUUGUUCACUGGAGAUCAGCACUGGCCUUCUCUGAGCACUUUGGUCCACCAGGCAGUUGGAAUUUGUUGCGGCGUCAACAGGAUCUCCAUCUAG